GCAGCCUGAGUUGGGACGUCAGACACUGAGCCCGAGAGCUGCUUCUUCAGGCUCCUCACACCAACCAGCUUCUAUUGGAUCCUCACACUAACCAGCUUCUAUUGGAUCUUCACACUAACCGGCUUCUCACACCAACCGGCUUCUACUGGGUCCUCAAACCAACCAGCUUUUAGGUUCCUCAGACCAACCAGCCUUUAAUGGUCCUCCAUACCAACCAGUUUCUUCUGGCUCCUCACAUCAACCAGCCUUCAUUGGUUCCUCAUACCAACCAGCUUCUUCUGGCUCUCGAUACCAACCAGCUUCUUCUGGCUCCUCACAACAACCAGCCUUUAUUGGUUCCUCAUACCAACCAGCUUCUUCUGGCUCUCGAUACCAACCAUUUUCUUCUGGCUCCUCACAUCAAUCAGCCUUCAUUGGUUCCUCAUACCAACCAGCUUCUUCUGGCUCUCGAUACCAACCAGCUUCUUCUGGCUCCUCACAUCAAUCAGCCUUCAUUGGUUCCUCAUACCAACCAGCUUCUUCUGGUUCCUCAUACCAACCAACAGAGAGGCUUCUUCUGCUCAACGGGAGAACAACUUGACCGGUGUCAGAAGACAUUUGGUCACAAAGUUCACUGAAGGAUGCAGCACGGGAGUUGGAACCAGCCACUCCCCAUAUCUCUGCUGCUCAAGGGCCCGGCAGGAGACCAGGCUGCUGGCGUUGAGGAGGACUAUGGCGUGGUCUUGGCUGAUAAUGAUCUCUCUGAGGACCCCCAGCUGGAGGUGCAGGCCGGCAGAGGUGACUUUGUGGAUCUCACUGAAUUUUUGAACGCCGAAGAGAUCAACCGCAGUCUGGACUUGGCCUGGGAGGCCUUUGGUGACGCAGAAGAACAACGUCUUAAGACCCAGGCGCAGGAUCUCAAAGAGGAGCCUGGAGAUGUUCGUCAGUCUUCACCCUCACCUGAGAAGCUCACCUGUCACAAGUCUGCACAGCCUCUUUACAAACAGGACAAACCUCGGCUUCUUCACGCAGACUUGGAGCUGAACGAGCGCACGUCUUCCGUCACGGAGUUCUGCAGUCGGGCCGCCACCUUCAUCGAGGAGCUCUCGUCCAUCUUCAAAGGGUCAGCACAUGGGGAAGGGCAAGUGGACGACCACUUGUCCUCCCCUCUUGGUGGACAUCUGUCUCCUGGGAGCCAGCAAGCAGACCCUGCUACCUCCUCCUCACCCUGCUGGCCAGUACCAAGUCAACCAUCACCCUGCCAACCAACCCCCUGCCAACCAUCACUAUGUCAACCAUGCCCAAGUCAACCAUCACCCUGCCAACCAACCCCCUGCCAACCAUCACUAUGUCAACCAUCCCCAAGUCAACCAUCACCCUGCCAACCAACCCCCUGCCAACCAUCACUAUGUCAACCAUCCCCAAGUCAACCAUCACCCUGCCAACCAACCCCCUGCCAACCAUCACUAUGUCAACCAUGCCCAAGUCAACCAUCCCCCUGCCAGCCAUCACCAAGUCAACCAUCCCCCUGCCAGCCAUCACCAAGUCAACCAUCCCCCUGCCAGCCAUCACUAUGUCAACCAUCCCCAAGUCAACCAUCCCCCUGCCAACCAUCACCAAGUCAACCAUCACCCUGCCAGCCAUCACUAUGUCAACCUUCACCAAGUCAACCAUCCCCCUGCCAGCCAUUACCAUGUCAACCAUCCCCAAGUCCACCACCACCCUACCAGCCAUCACCCUGUCAACCAUCCCCAAGUCAACCAUCCUCCUGCCAACCAUCACCAUGUCUACCAUCACCCGGUCAACCUUCCCCAAGUCCACCAUCACCCUACCAGCCAUCACCAAGUCAACCAUCACCAAGUGAACCAUCACCCUACCAGCCAUCACCAAGUCACCCAUCCUCAUGCCAAGCAUUACCAUGUCUACCAUCACCAAGUCAACCAUCCCCCGGCCAGCCAUCACCAAGUCAACCAUCACCAAGUCAACCAUCCUCCUGCCCGCCAUCACCAUGCCCACCAGAGCAGACUACGUACCAGCAAGCGGCGGCCGGUCCUCCACUGGCAGGUCCACAGGAGGUGGUUCCUGCCGCUCAGGAGCAUCAUCACUGCGAGGCUCCGCCCCCAUGUGGAACCCUGAUCCCGCCCUGCUUUGUCCAGAAGCUGAAGAGCCAGGAGGUGGCAGAAGGAAGACCUAUCCGUCUGGAAUGCAGCGUCAUCGGGAACCCACGUCCACUCAUCAGGUGGUUCUGUGAAGGUCGAGAGCUGCACGACUCACCUGACCUCCACAUCUGGAGCGGUGAUGACCUUCACACCCUGGUCAUCAACGAGGCCUUCCAGGACGACACGGGACGCUACACCUGCGUGGCCUCCAACUGUGCGGGUCGUGACCACACCUCUGCAGAGGUCUACAUCGAAGGAGCUUCAUCCUCAGACUCAGACGGAGAAGGAUCAGCGUCAAAGUCCAGACCAAGAAGCAUGACCCAGCCGCAGAAGAAGAGCACCUCCAUGUCUCUGACCAUCCGCUCGUCGUCGCCCCAGACGCCCGCGGUCCUCCCUCGCCGCUCCACGCUGGUGCAGUCCUUGUCGCAGCCUCUCCAGCGGACACAGAGCCCCAUGUUGUCCUCCAGCGUCGUCGACCUGCCCGUCUUCACCAAAGUGUUGCAGGAUGCCCAGGCGUCCGAGGGUCAAGUGGUGGUCCUAGAGUGCAGGGUCCGUGGAGCCCCCCCUCUGCAGGUCAGAUGGUUCCGCCAAAGUGAGGAGAUCCUGGACUCGCCAGAUUUCCGAAUACUCCAGAAAAAGCCUCGAUCUGCAGCGGAGCCAGAGGAGAUCUGCACCCUGGUGAUUGCAGAGGCCUUUCCAGAAGACGGAGGUCUGUUCUGCUGCACCGCCUCCAAUUCUUAUGGUUCUGUUCAGACCAAAGCCCGGCUCACCGUCACUGCAGGACCCAACAAGUCAUCCAGUAACGGUUUACCUGGAGAUGGCUCCGAGUUUGAGGACGGAGCAGCCUUCCCUCCGCCGCCUCCGUCCACAGAAAUCAGCCUCUUGGAGCUGCCGCCGAAGAUAUUUCCACAGCCCUCCACUGAGCCUUUUCACGUAAAGGAAGUGGAGUUGUGGCCUGGUGGUUCUGGUACACCUUUGGCUCCGCACAAGACUGGUUUCAUGUCGAAUGGACGACUCCCGAUGCAACCGUCUCCGCCUGCCGAGACCACACCUCCUCCGCCUGCAGAGACCGCACCUACUCCACCUCCACCUUCUCCUCUACUCCCACUCCAAAGCUCGCCUCCCACCCCUAAGAAUCUUUCUCCGGUCCCUGGGAGAGAGGGCGGUCCUCUUCCGACGAAGCCCAAACCAAAGCUGAACGCAUCUCAGCUGAAGCAGCUUCAGGAGCAGAUUGUUCUGGAGCAGCAGGAAGCAGCCAUCUGGCAUCAGCAGCAGGAAGUCUGGCCCGGGCCACAGGAAGUCAUCCAAAGCCAUUCCCCGUCACCCCCUCUUCCCCCUCCUCCCUCCUUCCAAGAACUGGAGAACAGCACAGCCAUGCAGGCCAGCACCUUCAACUACGCCCGGCCCAAACAGUUCAUUGCUGCCCAGAGCCCCGGAGGAGGCGGCGGCGGCGGCUUUCCAACCCAGUCCGCGGGCUCCUCACCCACCUCGCAUACACCCUUCAACAAAAUCUCCGCACCAGCGUUCUCUAAGGCGGCCAGCGCGGACGUGCCUAGCUCGCCUUCCUUCCCACCCCCGCCCCCGCCCGACUUUGAUUCGGGCGACUUGUCGUCCCCAGUGGGCGGCGUCGAUGACCUGCCUCCUCCCCCACCGCCUCCUCCCCUGCCCGUGUCCCCCGCUUUCUCUGACGUGUCCUCGCCAUUCUCCUCCGUCCCUCCAUCUCCCGCCUCCGGCUUCCUGUCCUCCCUGUUGCCGGCCACGCCCCCUACGUCCAGGGGCCCCGCGGUCAACGCAUUGGGUCUCCCCAAAGGCAACAGCACUGUCAAAGCCUUCCCCAAGAAGUCGCCCGCCUCCCACACGCCUCGGCUCAACUCCAACUUGGACAUCCAGGGCUCCAAGGACGCCGUCAUCCAGGACUUGGAGAGGAAGCUGCGCUUUAAAGAGGAGCGCAUGAGCAACGGGCAACAGAGGCUAACCUAUGAGGAGAAGAUGGCUCGCAGGCUGUUGGGCGUCGACAACGCUGCCACACUCUUGAAGGCCCAGGACGCCCAGGAGGAGCCUGUCAAUCAGGAAUACAAAGUGUCCAGUUUCGAGCAGCGUCUCAUCAGCGAGAUCGAGUUCCGUCUGGAGCGUUCGCCGGUUGAAGAGUCAGACGACGACGUUCAGCACGACCCCGACUCGGCAGACCCGCUGGGGGAGGGGCCCACCUUCCAGCAGAAGCUGAAACACUACAAAGUCUUUGAGGGAAUGCCCGUCACCUUCACCUGCAAGAUUGAUGGGGAGCCCAAACCUAAGGUGUACUGGUUUAAAGACGGCAAGCAGAUCUCCAAGCGGAGUGAGCACUACCAGAUCAGCCGUGGCAUCGAUGGCACGUGCGCGCUACACACUGCAGCGGCCUCACUGGAUGAUGACGGCAAUUACACCAUCAUGGCGGGCAACCCGCAGGGCAGGGUGAGCUGCACGGGCAGGAUGAUGGUCCAAGCCGUGAACCAGCGAGGCCGCAGCCAGCGCUCCUCGCCGGGACAUAUGCGCAGGCCCAGGUCCAGGUCCAGAGACAGCGGCGACGAGAGCGAUAACAUCCAGGAGCGCCACUUCCGGCCGCACUUCCUGCAGGCGCCCGGCGACCUCAUCGUACAGGAGGGCCGACUGUGUCGCAUGGACUGCAAGGUGAGCGGCUUGCCGACCCCUGACCUUGUGUGGAAGCUCAACGGACAGACCAUCCGCCCGGACUCCGCACACAAAAUGCUGGUGCGGGAAAAUGGCGUGCACUCGCUGGUCAUCGAACCCGUGACCAGUCGUGAUGCAGGCAUCUACACUUGCAUCGCCAGCAACCGCGCCGGACAAAACUCCUUCAACCUGGAGCUCAUCAUUGCAGCCAAGGAGAUGCAGAAAGUGCCAUCAUUUGUGGAGAAGCUCCAGAACACCAGUGUGGCGGAGGGCCACCCGGUGCGGCUGGAAUGCCGCGUCACCGGCGUUCCUUCCCCGCAGAUUUUCUGGAAAAGGGAAAACGAGUCACUCACCCACAACACAGACAGAAUAAGCAUGCACCAGGACAACAGUGGCUACCUGUGCAUGAUCAUCCAGCCCGCCACCAAAGAGGACGCCGGCUGGUACACGGUGUCGGCCAAAAACGAGGCGGGGAUCGUGUCCAGCACCGCACGACUCGACGUGCACGCCCAGUGGCAGCAGCCCAACCUCCCCAAAGCGAAGAAGGUGCGCCCGGCCAGCAGCCGCUACGCCGCCCUGACCGAGAGAGGCCUGGAUGUGAAGGCUGCCUUCUUCCCUGACAGCAGCCCUCUGCCACCCGGGAGCCUGGUGGAGAGCGACGAGCUGUAGAGAAGGAUCGACAGAAAGACCUUCCUGCUUUGGGUGGUUUGGAAAGUUUAAGUGUUCAAGUCGCGGGACUGGAGGGCGAGAAGGUGAGAGCUGUACAGGAAGUGGGUUUUUUUUUUAAUCAGGAGUGAGAUGUUGGCUUUUGGCAGGUUCUACAAUGAUGGACUUUGAGGAGUGCUUGGGGGGACACACAUCUAUUUUCUGUGUUGAAUGAAAAGGCUAAGAAGCCCUAGCUGACGUUGAAAUUAUCACCAGUCUGUAUCAAACUAUAUUCAGUCACUCUUUAGGCCUUUUCGAACCACAAGAACACACUUUGGACUUAGGCUGGAUGAUUCUUGCCAAUCAUCUGACAGCUCUUGUGUGUUACCGUGCCAACCCAGGCCUGUGUAUGGAUUGUUCUCCUUAUAUAGCGUUAUUAUUUUAGCUUGUGAAAAGUUCAAUAAAGAAUCUUCCCAA